UAUUUUGACAUUGCCAUCAAAUUUCAAAAUUCAAAACAUCCCUUGAUAUAAUCAACCUACCACCACACUUUCAGCAAUAUAAUUUCAAAACGGCACAAUCAUCUAUAUGCUCUCUCCCUUUUCCAAACCAAAAAUGAGCCGACAUCCUAUUGUCAAGUGGGCCCAGAGGUCUGACAAGUUGUUUAUCACAGUUGAGUUACCUGAUGCCAAGAAUGUAAAGCAGAAACUAGAACCAGAAGGAAAAUUCUUCUUUUCUGCAACUGCUGGAGCUGAUAAUGUACCAUUUGAAGCGGAUCUUCACCUCUUUGACAAAAUAGAUGUUGAUGAGAGCAAAUCUAGUGUUACAUCUAGAAGUAUCUGCUAUCUUGUAAAGAAGGCAGAAGACAAGUGGUGGGCCAGACUUGUAAAGCAGGAAGGUAAACCUCCAACAUUUUUGAAAGCUGACUGGGACAAAUGGGUUGAUGAAGAUGAACAAGACGGUGCACCAGCUGGACCAGAUAUGGAUUUUGGCGACAUCGACUUUUCGCAACUCAACAUGGGCGGUGGUUCGGGGGAUUUUGAUGCCGAUGUGCCUGAAGGAGAAGAUGAUAGCGACACUGAAGAAGAAAUUGAGGAAGGAAAUCAUGGCCAUAGUGAACCUCAAGCAGCAGCUACUGCAAGCACUGAACUUGAGACAAAAGCUUGAGAGAUCCCACUUUUUUAUGCUUUAGUCAACUGAUAUUUUAUUGCUAUAUACUGCUGAUUAGGGGCAUAUGCAGAAAUUGUUAAUUGCUGGUACUUGGUAUAACAUAUGUAGUUUGAAGUAA